AUGACGAAAGGAUUAAAUGAGGAAUCGGGGAAUCCGCCCUUUUUGAGGGAGAAUGCUGGAGACCGUGAGAAAUGGCGGAUCGGAAUCUUGCAAGAGCUGGGGACAUGGCUGUCAAGGUUUGAUAUACCGCUGAUUCAACUGAAAGUGAUGACGGUCAUAAUGUUGCUCAUAAAACGUUCAAAGGCAGCUGUGCAUGCACUUCUGGGCACAGAAGUGAUUUUGGCUCUACGAGAAGUGAUCCGCAAAUCUGUAGUGGAUGAUUUAAAAAACAGGGCUGUCUGUUUGAUUGGCUAUAUUGCGUCAGAAGGCCCGAUCUGCAGACAGACAUUAAUCCAGAACAACUUUCCGGAAGUCAUUUCCACCGAAGCGCUUAAAUCUAUGGAAGAUCGUUCCAGUCCCCAUGAACGUAAACUGCACUAUAUUCGAAACAUUUCAAUGGCGCUCUCCUCACUAACUCGACCAACUGGUCGCGACGAACCUCGCUACUUGCAAUUCAGAUGUACCUUUCCGUACUUUUCACGAGCCUUCCAAGAAUAUUUUGAUGAUGAAUCGAUAAUAGCGGAUAACUGCUGGUCACUAGCUAACUUGAUGACAGACCAUGAAAAUUUUUUAAUUAUCGAAGAGAUAAUUCGAUUUGGAUUUUGUCCUCAAUUGGUUCGCACGUUGAAGUCGGCCAAAGGGGACGACGAAAGGCUGGAUGGUGCACUAAGGGCCACUGGCAAUAUUGCGACGGGCACGGACCAGCAAACGCAAGUUCUGCUUGACAACGAUUUUCUCGGCACAGCCGCGUUAUUACUAGAAAACCCUGAGUUAACUGUAGUUCGGGAGACGUGCUGGGUGCUGUCGAAUAUCACCGCGGGAACAAGAGAUCAAAUCCAGCAAUUUCUUGAAUAUCCUGGUCUUUUGACUAAAGUUGCAAGCAUACUCAACAAGGACGAUAAGAGGUGGUUGCCGGUAAGGAUCGAAGCAGCUUGGUGUCAAUCAAACGCGAUCAUUAUGGGAACCAGUAAGCAGCAAGAAGCGUUGAUCAGCUCAGCCUGCAUCAGAGCAUUCUGCGAGUUGCUAAGAUCUUGCAAAAAUAUCAACAUACAUUUGGUAGGUCAAGAAUAA